AUGGAGAGAGAGCCUCCUAAGUACAACGGCUCCCCGGGGGGGCCCUGGCCCCAGCAAGGUGGCACAAGUGCCAACAACCCAGCCGGUAACAAAACGGGGCUAACCGAAAAAGAGCCCCUGAUAAUACUCGAACAGGAGAAGCGAAACAAAGCUCUUCGUAACUAUUACAGCAAAAUAGAAAAAUACGGGAAUAGAAGGAUCCCAUUUGGACAAAGCGCAUUUGAAAAAAACCCAUUUGAAAAAAACGCACUUGGACAAAACCCAUUUGAAAAAAACCCAUUUGGACAAAAUAGAGAAGAAGUGAUAGGCGCCGAUUUUCAAAAAGCAGUGACGUUAAAAAUGGGGAAUCAGUGGAAUCAUGUAGAAGGGAAAGUGAUAAAUGGUAACCACAUCCACAUUGAGAGGAUAAGAAGGGAUCAGAAUUUUUACAAUUCCAUAGGUGAUAUGUAUAGAGCUGUUUAUGAAGAAAAAACUCAAAAUAAUGGUGAGCCAGUAGUGUACUCACGACAUGUGUCUGCCCCGAGUUUGAUAAUAAAUGACUCUAACCCUUUUAUUGACACGAAUGAAAAUACAAAUGGGGUAAGUUUCACUUCGAACUUAGGUUUUUCAAAGCAUCUUUUGGAGGGGGGGAAUGCAAAUCUGAACCCUAGUAGAGACUACACGAACUGGGGGGAAAGGACGAACCAAAAUUCUCCUCACCGUGAUAGGUUAAAGUGGAGGGAACCUGUUGUGGAAGGGGUUCUUACAAACUCUGCCAGUCUAAUCAAUGGUGGCGGAAGGAUCAGAGAUGGGAGCCAUACUGUUUUGCGAGAGGCGGGUCCCGCAAGGGUCGACGCAGGUGGUGCAGGUGGUCUAUAUGGUAUUCAUCGUGCAGACCAUGCUGAUGGUGACGAGAACUCCACGAACGUUUAUUUUCUUUUCCAAAAUAUGAUCAGGGAAAGCAAAGAAAGAAAGGAAAGCAAAGAAAGAAAAGAAAGCGAAGAAGCACCAGUGCACCGAGAAAUCCGACAGAAAAAACGCCUCCAAUAUGGCGGAAAGAGACUAAACGAAAAUGCUAACGAAGAAGGGUUUCAUAUCAGGGAGGAGGAAAACCCGUAUUAUCAUAAUUUUAAUAAAUCGUGUUUUCAGAAUAAGACAUGGACCCCCCUUAGGAUAGGUCCACAUUUCUCGAGUAUGGACAGUGCAAACGUUCGUGGAGACGUAGUGGGGACGAAGGGUAUGUUUGUUUGCCCAGUUAGGAGAAAGAGAAGGAAAUUGGAAAUGAAUGAAACGUCGUAUAGCAGUCCAUGUGAUGAGAAUCCCAGCGUUUCGGAACUGUGCAAAGGGGGUUACGAGAACAGCAAGUUGUCAUUAAGAGAGAAGGCUAACUUAAAGAAGGAUGAAGAAGAAGGAGAAGGAGAGGAGGGGGAGAGCAACGUGCGUGUCCAGCCCCUUCCGAGUUUUCUCCACGUAGUAAACCAAAACGGUGAUGACAACCAUUUUGGAAACGAAGUACACAGGGGGACUGGCAGAGGAGAAGGGGAGUGUGGGAAAAACGAAUGUGCUGCGCGGUGGUCACUGCAGGCCAUGCCCAGCGGAGCAUUCGCGUCCCCCUGCAAAGGGAGCGAUCAGACGGGAGACAAUGGAGAGGGUACCGACGUGUACCGCGAGCGGAGCGACGACCAGAAUGGGCAGAUGAAGCAGACCGUACAGAUGAAGCAGACCGUACAGAUGAAGCAGACCGUACAGAUGAAGCAGACCGUACAGAUGAAGCAGACCGUACAGAUGAAGCAGACCGUACAGAUGAAGCAGUCCGUACAGAAUGGGCGAGAGAGACUGCCCCCCACCCCCUCGGCCGUCCCCAAACACAGAGGAGAAGCGCCCAACGCGGGGGAACGCAGCUUGGUGAAGAAAGAAACGGGGAGGCCAUUAAAGGAGGACAAGAAAAUUUACCAGAACCAUGGACUGUUCAGAAAUUUUGUCUUUUCGUUUAAAAACCCGCCCAAGGGGGGAGAGAGGGAAGAAAAAAGCGAAAAGGGUGAGAAGCUCGAAAAGGGUGAGAAGCUCGAUAAGGGUGAGACGCUCCAAAAGGGUGCGGUACUCGAUAAGGGUGCCACGAUCGAAAAGGGUGCCACGCUCCAAAAGACCCCUAUGAAGUACAAGACGCUGAAAAACGAAAAACAUGCUCCGCCAAACAGCGAAGCCCGAUACAAAAAGUUCGAGGAGAAAUACUUCUCGGAGGAUCAAAUAUCAAGUGACUUUCAAUGGAGAGAAGUGGACGGAACUAUUUCUUCUCACGCGCAAGACUUUUUAUUUUUUGAUGAGGAAGAUGAUCAAAUGGUUUCGCUAGAUGUACUGGACCACAGCACGGGGAGUAUCAGCUCGAGCGGGAGCAGCGAUGAGGGAAGUGGGGACAGGAGUGAGGCCAUAAGUGAGUCUAGAAGUGAGUCCAUAAGUGAGUCCAUAAGUGAGUCCAGAAGUGAGGCCAGAAGUGGGGAUAAAUGCUGCCACCUCCCCCGGAAGGGAAGAAGCCAAGUGCGACACGGCAGAGACGGCGGAGGACAGACCACCACCCUCCUCGCGAACCAGCAGAUGAACCCCUCCCCAGAACCAGACCAUAAGACAUGCAAAAAGGAGAAAAAAAAUCGGAGUACCCGCAAGAGGAAGGAUGCGCCAAAUGGGAGCCACACAAUUAGUCCAGGCGAAGUGACAAACAUAGGUAACGUGGAGGAAGUGGCCAAUGGGGAGAAAUCUAAUCAUCGAGAUCGACCAAGAGAGAAAAGACAGGGAAAGAAAAACAAAUCGGUGAUCAUGUAUGCCAAAAUUAUGAACAUUAGUUAUGAGUACGGUGCAGAUGUACUGAAGCAGUUCAGCCACCCAGCGGUUAAUCUGUUUAAUACGAAUAAAACGCAUAUCGUAAAGAAAAGGGAAAAGAAGAGGAGGGAACUGUACGCAUACUUGGAUGCAGAGGAGGGGUUCGGGGAGGUUCAUGAAGGGGGAUAUGCAGUGGGGCAUGAAGGGGGGCACGAAGUGGGGCAAGAAGGGGGGUAUGAAGGGGGACAUACAGUGGGACAUACAGUGAGACCUGCAGUGGAGCAAGAAGUGACGGAAGAAAUGGUAGAAAAAAUGGCGCAAGAAAUGGCGGAAGAACUAGCAGAAGAAUUAGCGAACCCAGGGAAAAAAACAAAACGCAAGUACAGAAAAAAGCAGGAUGAUCCAGAAAAAAGAAAAAAAAUUUAUUAG